AUGCCAUCCAAGUUGGCGAGCCUGGGGCACUCGGAGGCCGCCCAGCGGCAUCUGCAGCCUGAAGGCAGAAUGCUCAAGGGGCAGCUUCCAAACACUGAUGAAGACCUCGCCGCCCGCCCGGGGUCCCCGGCCGCUGACCACCACUGGGGACCCGAGAAGAGCCCAGCGCUCCCUCUGGACAUCCCGGCGCAAGUCAGCAACGAGGACCCACAGGCCUGGGGGAGACCCUUCAGUCUGGAGCCGCCGCCGCCGAGGCCCAGGCUGGAGCGAGCACUGUCCCUGGGUGAGAAGGGCUGGAGGAAGAGGCGGUUUCGAACCAGCCGUGAGGACCUGGCCGCGAGGAAUGGGGCCAGCCCCUCCGGGGGCUCCCCGCAGGACGAGGCCCCCGGGACCCCGGCCCGCAGUGGCUCCCCGCCCUGCCUGAGCACCUCCCUGCAGGAGAUCCCCACAACCCGCAGGGCCCCGGGCAGCGGAGGCCCCUGCUCGUGGGGUAACUGUCUUUCCGGAAUGAUCAGCACUUCCCUGGACCUCCUGCACCGGGAUAGGGCCUCGGCCGGGAGCAUCCACCGGCUGGCCAGCCUGCUUCCCCCGCGCCCACUGCCCGCCAUGGACGGCGACGCCGCCUCCGACGCCCUGCGGACAGCAAACAAGGUGGAGCGGGAUCACGCGGACUGCAAGGUGCGGCUACAGGCCAGACGGUUCCGGGCCCACAGCAGCCUGGGCCCCGGCCGGCCCCCGAGCCCCAUGGCCUGUGACGACUGCUCCCUUCACUCGGCCAGGUCCAUCUUCAGCCUCCUGGCGCCCGUCCGCACCAAGGACGUCCGCAGCAGGUAG